CGUCUUUGCGUCAUCAAGGUGCAGCUACCAGAAAGUACAUUUUCUGGUGUGAGUCCUUCAACUAAUCACUUCUAAACGAAAAGAAUAAGCUGGAUCAUGUCUUAUUUCAAAUAUAAUUAUGAACACAAACGGAACCGGGUGUGGACAGAAAAGUGUGUUUCCAGGACACCUCGUUCAAAUAGACGCCGAUGUGCGUCAGUUAGUAAUGGCGCAGAGUAGGUGGAGUUAAACAGGUGCAGUUCGGCAAACUUCCGUCACAUGUCUCCACAAAUCAUGGUCUACAUCAUCUCCAUGACAUAUGGAUGGUGUUCGUGACGGACAGGCUGCCCUUCAAGUCGAGCCGUUGGAGGACGUCGACAGCCGGCCAGCCAGCUAGAAGGAGGAGUCGGAGUCGGGGGGCUUCUCUCCACAGGAGGCCGGACAGAGGCGACGUCAGGCGGCCAAGCAAGCAGCUGCAGUGCGCGCAUCCUCCAGUUGCUCUCAGGCGCUCCGCAACCGCGUAAAGCUGACAAUUUGUGGGAGCCCGGAGGUGCAGGAUGGAAGCAUCCCACGACCAGCAGGUGCCUCACUGUUACCGCAAACAGACGACUCCAGAAAAGAGGAGGCGCUGCGAUAGGCCAUCAAACGAUAGAAAGAGAAAGUUGAUGAAGUCCAACCUUGCUGUGGACACUGAAGAGCUUUUCCAGGACCUGCUUCGCCUUCAGGAGACGUGGCUGGCAGAAGGCUCACUGUGCUCUAACAGAGACGGGAUGCUUCAGGAUUUAAGUGCCAGUGUCCUCUUUCCUCCAUGUCUGCAGCACCCAACUUUUGCUCAGGUUCCUGACAAUGACGAGCAGUUUGUCCCCGACUUCCAGACUGAAAACUUGGCGUUCCACGGACUGCAGCUGAAAAUCAAGAGAGAGCUGCACAGCCCGUGUUCCGAGCUGGGCUCCACCUGCAGUCAAGAGCGGCCCUUCAAGCUCCAGUAUGGAGAGAAGUGCCUGUACAACGUCAGUGCCUAUGAGCAGAAGCAGCACGCAGGAAUGAAGCCCUCCAGCCCAGUGACACCCCCCUGCAGCACCCCAGUGUCCCCCCUACAUCAUGCCUCACCUACAGCCGCCCCGACACCCAAACCUGACCGAACCUACGCUCACGUGCCGCUUUCGCAGUCACACCCUGACAGCGCCUACGCCAUGGACCACAGAUUUCGCCGCCAACUUUCCGAGCCGUGCCACUCGUUCCCCUCCCCGCCAGCGAUGGCUCGCGACGGACGCCCCAUCUACCACCGACAGAUGUCGGAGCCCAGCAUUCCGUUCCCCCCUCAAGGCUUCAAGCAGGAGUACGCCGACCCGCUGUUUGAGCACCCGGCCAUGAUGGGGGCGCCGCUCCCCCACCUGUACCCCGCCACCAUGAUGAUCAAGCAGGAGCCCAGGGACUUCAAUUACGACUCAGCCGAGGUGCCCAGCUGCCACUCAGUCUACUUGCGCCAAGAUGGCUACCUGGCCCACGCCAACCGGAGCGAAGGUUGCAUGUUCGACAAAGUGGCCAGGCACUUUUACGAUGACACCUGCGUGGUGCCGGAAAAGAUGGAAGGCGACAUCAAGCAGGAGGCGGGCCUGUACCGCGAGGGCCCGUCCUACCAGCGCAGAGGCUCACUGCAGCUGUGGCAGUUCUUGGUGGCGCUGUUGGACGACCCGUCAAACUCGCACUUCAUCGCCUGGACGGGCCGUGGCAUGGAGUUCAAGCUCAUCGAGCCGGAAGAGGUGGCACGUCGAUGGGGGAUCCAGAAGAACAGACCGGCCAUGAACUACGACAAGCUGAGCCGAUCACUGCGCUACUACUACGAGAAGGGAAUCAUGCAAAAGGUGGCCGGCGAGAGAUACGUGUACAAGUUUGUGUGCGACCCCGAGGCCUUGUUCUCCAUGGCGUUCCCGGACAAUCAGCGUCCUGUGCUGAAGACCGACAUGGAGCGUCAGAUCAACGAGGAGGACACGGUGCCCCUGUCGCACUUUGAUGAAAACAUGGCCUACGUCCAGGAGGGGCCCUACUGCCAGCCCCACCCCUACAGCGAGGGCUACGUCUACUAGCCCCGCCCCUUCCUCCCAAAUGACCUCCUUUACAGGAAGUGAUCAUGUUGUUCGACGUGGAGUGGAUGACGACUGAACAUACGUCCUCCCUUAUUAUUAUUAUUAUUAUUAUUAUUAUCGCUAUUAUUACUAUGAUUAUAUGUGCCCUGUGAUUGGCUGACUACCAGUCCAGGGUGUACCCCGCCUCUCACCCCAAGACAGCUGGGAUAGGCUCCAGCACCCCCAUGACCCUUGUGAGGAAAAGCGGUAGAAAAUGAAUGAAUGAGUUCUCCUCCUAGUUUGUGUGGAAGUGGUAACUUUUUGGCUUCUUAUUUUGUCUUUCCCCACCCUCGGUUUAUGAUUCUGUUGCUCCCGUCUCUCGGACGUGCACUUUAUGGACCCCGGCGGCUCUUUAGCGUUCUUUGUUUGUACAAACCCAGCAUGCGGCACAAUGAGAUAGGACUCCUAAGGUGCCGACUUGACAUUCUUUUGGGAAUUUUACCGGAAUUUUCCUUCCCAACGCAACCCACGACAGAACGGUCGCUUCCUCCUCGUGUGUCAUUUCAAGAGAAUACUUGAUGACUUCAUCCUCACGCCGACGGCGGAGCAUGGAAGAGCAGAAAAAAAAUGGAAAGACAUUAGGCUCCACCCAUUAGCGAUCUCUGGCCCCGCCUCCGUCUUCUCGUGAGAGUGAUCACGUGUGCACCCUGUUUACCAUCAUCGUGGGCGACUUCAUUAGGUACCUCCUCCAGGUCAGCGAGGCGACCAAUCCCAGCUCGCCAAAAUAUUAGGAACGCUUCUCAGUGUGAGGAAAUGCAGUUCCACACCCACAGCAAUAAUCAAUCAAAUAUGAUUAUUUGUUAUUUCAAUCGGGACACCAAAUGUUGGGGGCCGGCUAGCAUCACCUGCUAACAGACAUUAGCUUUGUUUUCUGGAACGCAUCCAAAUGGACUCAUCCUUCCUUCAGAUGCCGUUUGUGUCCCACGCUUCAAUCAAUAAAAAUAUGGCUUUUGGUGGCAAAGUAA